GUUGGAGGACACAGGUUGCAAACGUGUGAAACAAAGCUUAUGAACAAUGGCAGAUAAGGAGCUUGCCAGAGUGAGAGCGAGGUUUGUUGAAAAGGUGUCAAAAGCACUUCUUAAACAGCUCCUGGACGACCUGUUAGAGGAGGGUUUGUUGAACGAUGGAGAGACAGACUCUGUGCUUGAGGACAACAGUAACAAAGCAGACAUGGCUCGCGCUCUCAUCGACAUGGUGAAGAGGAAAGGAGACAAAGCCAGCAGGAAGAUGAUUGAACACCUUGAGAAGAGAGAUCCUACACUUUACUCUGAGCUGGGCCUGUCCUGUGCUCAGCCUCCUGCUGCAGCACAUCAGAAGGAGCAGAGCUGGUCCAACAAACUCAUUGCCACAACUGACUCUUUCUGGAGGGAGAAACUGAACGAUAAAAAUAUUUAUUCUGUGGCAGAAAAGUCCAUUAGCAGUCGUGUGGCCCUGCUAAUCACCAAUCGAAAUUUUGCCGAUGAGAGAUUAACCCGAAAAGGAGCUGAGGUUGAUGAGGAGAACAUGGAGAAACUCCUCAAGUCUCUGCAAUAUGACGUGGUGAAAUACAACGAUCUCACUGGAAAGAGGAUCGAUGAGGCUCUCAGUCAGUUCUGCAAACAUCCCAAACUCAGAGAGACAGACAGUGUGUUUGUGGUGAUUAUGUCUCACGGGAAACGGGGAAUUGUCCUCGGUGUCAAUCAUAGAGAAGAGGAACCGGAUGAAUUCCCUGUUGACAAUAUUUACAAGUACUUAGGCUCACAGAAAUGUUCAGCACUACUGAACAAACCCAAGAUCAUCAUCAUCCAGGCCUGCAGAGGAGAAUCUCGUGGCUCUGUGAUAGUUAGUGAUAGUGCAAAAGUGGUCUGUGAUGAUGUGUCACAGACAGGCCCCUUUGAUGACAGCAACAUUGUGGAUGAUGCUGUUCGAUAUGUACACAAAGAAAAGGACUUCAUUUCUCUUCUGUCCAGCACCCCAGAUACUGUUUCAUACAGACAAGAAGACCGUGGGUCUUUUCUGAUCCAGUUUAUUGUCGAGGUAUUCAACACCUGCUCCCAUGAGGAUGACAUUGAUGAGCUCUUCAGAAAAGUCAUGCAACGCUUUGAAGAUUUUCCCUCUGACAAACUGAAACAGAUGCCAACCAAAGACAGAUGCACUCUAACGAAGCGCUUCUACCUGUUUCCAGGUCACUGAGACAGGACUGACUUUCGGUUAAUGGAAACUGAUGUGAUUAAAAUUGCUAAUAAGUACAUUUUCAGUACAGUUUCAUGUAGAAUCAAUUCACAGUUAUAAGGGAUUCUUACACAUCUGUAAGCUAACAGGGUUUAUGGAUAAAUGGUAAUUUCUUUGUUUUCAUUUUUACUGUUUUGUGAAUGUCAUAUUUUGCAGCUUUUUAUAAGUUUUCAGCAGUUUUAGUAGCUCCAUGGGUGAGGGUAUGGUUUAUAUUUGUCAUUCAUUCUUAUCUUUUCUGUCAUUUAAUCACUUAUUGUUAUGUGUUGAAAUCAAUGAACCUGUAGUUACAGCAAGUGAAUCUUGUAUUGGGUGUAACAUUUUCACAUUCUUCUGUGGAUUUUCUUUGGUAGCAAAGGGUAAAAACUGAAUUCAUUUCAAUUUUAUUUAUAUAGCGCCAAAUCACAACAAACAGUCACCUCAAGGUGCUUUGUAUUGUGGGUAAAGACCCUACAAUAAUACAGAGA